GUUUCCAUGGAAAUGUGUAAUAAGGGCAUAUACGAUUUCGGUAUCCGAAAUAAGUUUUCCUGGCUCAUUCAUUACUUAUUCAUUGAUGGCAAAUCAAACAAAAUGGACUAUUAAUGAGCAAACAACGGAACCAACCAAAACCCGUCCUGGCAUUAAAAUCAACAGGACAACUCGCACUCCCCUGCCAGCCAUUAAACGAGAUGAUUGUGGCAUUCGUUGUGUUCUUUUUAUCACUGAUAGUAUUUUAUCUGUUUGUGACAACCAAGCAAUUCCACAAAUUGCAAGGCUGAGUGGCGAUUGGGGUCAGGUAAAGGUGAUGAAGGCACUGUGCUACAGUGCCAAACUGGUGGCUGGAUACCAUGCCAAACGAAAUCCGGAUCUGGCCAAGCGAUACGCCACCGCCAGCUCCAAGAUCUCGGGUGCGAGAGCCACCCUGCGCCUUAUCGACGACAUUCCCAUGAUCCAGUAUGCUUUGGAGUAUGGCUUGGGUGAAAAUGAACCCGACCGCAUAAUGGCUGUACUGGGAGUUACGGCCAACAUAGUGGACCUACUUUAUUACCCAAUCGAGAAAGUAUGCUGGCUGGCCGAGCACAAGAUUGUGGAUGUGAAGAAUGCUGACAGCUGGGACAAUGUGAACUCCAUAUUCUGGGUUCUGUCGGUGUACCUCAACCUCAUGAGGACGAUGCGAAAUUUUUCACUAAAUCAGGACAAACUUAACCGCACCACCAAUAUAAACGAUUUGGAUGUCAAAACCAUGACCAAACACCGCUUGGAAAUGGUGUCCAUCGCUCGCAUUUCCCUCGAUUUUGUGCACGCCGUCAGUACGCUGCCCAAGGGAUAUUUGUGGGGCGGCAAGCUGUCCACAUUCCAGGUGGGCGCCAUUGGUACACUAUCCGCCGGCCUGGGCAUCUACCAGAUCUUUGCCAAGAGAAGACUGAACAAGUAGUUGCGCCGUUGUCGUUGUCGUCGUCGUGUUUGCAAUUUUUGUACUCGUAUUUGUUGAUCAGAAUUUUAAGCUAGUCGAUAAAAGUUUUUGUACGGCACUCGCAUGUGUUUAGCCAGUAAGUCCUUUAAAGAAGCACAAAAUACACGCUGAAUAAUGAUAAAACAA